CCUCAAAUACCAAAACAACCAACAAUCGCCAAACGACUACUUGCCUGGUGCAAUAGUCGCGUAUCUCUCAUAUUUCUGACAGAUACGAUUCUGAUUUUCCAUUCACUUCAAUCCGGCUCUGACGAAAGGAUUCGGGAGGCACGAGCUCUAUUUAAGAGCACAUCGACACGAUUUGGCCUUCAACUUCCUACACCUUCCACCGUCCUUGACGAUUCUAGUCCGAUACCCCACACCUAAUCACAAUCAUGGCAGCCGCAGUAGAUUCACAGGUCGAUCUCUCUACAAUCCCCAUCUCGCCGGAAGGCACGAAUGGCCAGGACGAGAACAAGAACCCCAAUGGUGAUUCCGACGAGCAGAUUACUGUCUUCCAUGACAAGGAUAACUUCAAUGUUAAGCAUCCGCUCAUGAACAAGUGGACCCUAUGGUUCACCAAGCCACCGUCUGGAAAGGGCGACAACUGGAAUGAUCUGUUGAAGGAGGUUAUUACUUUCAACUCUGUCGAGGAAUUCUGGGGUGUCUACAACAACAUUGCUCCUGUCUCUGAACUCGCCCUCAAGUCCGAUUACCACCUCUUCAAGCAAGGCGUCCGACCAGAGUGGGAGGAUCCCCAAAACAAGCACGGCGGAAAGUGGUCCUACCAAUUCAAGGAGAAGCGCAAUGUCCCUAUCGACGACCUCUGGCUCCACGUCAUGCUAUCAGCCAUCGGCGAGACUCUCGAGGAGGAGGAAGACGGAGAACUCAUGGGCGUCGUCGUUAAUGUCCGAAAAGGCUUCUACCGUAUCGGUGUCUGGACCCGAACCAUCGGCAAGAGCAUCCCAGGAGGCGGCGAGGCCGAUGUUGCAGGGGGCAAGGGUCGCUCGUUGGAGAAGGGCAAGGAGAUCUUGAUGAACAUCGGUCGCAAGUUCAAGGAUGUGCUGAAGAUUCCCGCUUCGGAGCAAGUCGAGUUCUCGGGCCACACGGAGAGUGCGCAUAGUGGUAGCACGCGUGCGAAGGCCAAGUACACGGUCUAGAUGCUUUCCUUGCUUUUCGUUCGGUUGUUCAUUAGGCAUUGCGAUGAUAUUUCAUGGGGCGGGUCAAAGCAUGGUCUUAUGCAUUGUAGGCUCGUCUUGGCUAUGGCUCUGGUUUCCUGCUUGAGAGAGCGAGAAAAACUUUAUGGCGUUAUGAUCGUGCGGUGGUUGUGCUGGGAAAGGAAGUGUCUAUAGAUGGAUGGAGGGAGAAAGAAAAUAAAAGUCAAUGAAUACCCAGUGAUGAAAUGUCUAUGUCUUCAUGUGUUUCUCUCUCUCGAUAUAUUUGUAUUUGUGGUCGAGUGGUAGAUGCGGUUCUUUUUUCUUGUCUAAUCAUAUAUACAAGUCUAUAGCGUGUUAUACACUCUACCUCUAUCCCCUAUCCUACAAAUCCUUCUCAUCCCCACUCAUCUCAUCCCCACUCAUCUCAUCCCUAAACAACUUCCUCACCAAAACCUUCUUAUUAACCUUCCC